GCGGGCGAGCUUCGAGGCCGAACCGAUUUGGAGACCGCACAUUCAUAUUUCGAACCAAAACCGAAUUGCGCGAAGAUGGCACCGCAUGACAUUCGCCGUCCUCACAAACGCCCCGCGAUCUCCGACCAGCAGAAGCGGCGGGAGCUUUCUUUACAACGGCAACAGCAGAAUCGUCGCGACGCUCAGCAACAAGCACGUUCCUUAGCCUCCACGCUCCUCUCCCUCUCUUCCACGUUCAACGAGCCUAGUACCUCUGAGUCGGUGUUGGAGGUUGAGCUAAAUGAACUCGAUUCCGAAACGGAAUGCUCGCCGGUGCUUAGAUCGCAGAGUGAAUUUAACGAGCCUUCUCUGAAGGAGUUCGAUGUUCGCCAGGCUUCGAAGCUCAAAGGUUCAGAGGCUCGUAAGUGGUUUUCGAGGCAACUGUUACUUCCUGAAUGGAUGAUAGAUGUUCCUGAUCGACUUAGCGAAGACUGGUACGUAUUUGCAAGGCCUUCCGGGAAACGGUGCUUUGUUGUUUCUUCCAAUGGCACAACUAUCAGUAGGCUACGAAAUGGAUCAAUUCUGCAUCGUUUUCCUUCUGCUCUACCCAACGGAGCAAGGAGAAGAGAUGCCUCUGGAUCCGGUCAAUCAUAUUCUAUCCUGGAUUGUAUAUUUCAUGAAAUGGAUCAAACUUACUACGUCAUUGAUAUGAUUUGUUGGCGAGGAUAUUCUCUUUACGAUUGCACAGCCGAGUUUCGGUUCUUCUGGCUCAAUUCCAAGCUUGUUGAAUCUGGUGCUUCUGAGCCACCUUCAUACUAUCACAAAUAUAAAUUCAGCCUUGUUCCUGUAUAUACGUGCGAUCAAAAUGGUUUUUAUGCUGCUUAUACUGGAGCGGCACCUUAUAUCAAGGAUGGCCUAUUAUUUUACAACAAGCAUUCCCAUUACCAGCCAGGAAAUACACCACUUGCAUUGGUCUGGAAGGAUGAGAGUUGCAGUCGAUAUGUUAUUGACACAGAUAGUAAUGGACAAGUCCCAAGCCAACAGCAGGUGGUUUUGGAGCUACAAGAUGAUGGAAAGGUGACUACAUCAGAUGAUCCUCCAUUGGACUUUGGAUGCUUAGAUGGCAAUUUUAUCGAAAAGUCAGGGUUGUCUUCAGGUAAUCUCUUGCGAUUUGCAAUCGGGGAUGGAGGGUUGACCAUUGUUGACGGGAGGAUUCAGGGGGCAGAUUUACAAUAUGUUGGCAAGGUCAAUGGGGCUCGAGCCUUUGCAGAUAGUUACUCCAAGGUUAUGUUUCAAUAUGCGGCUCGCCAUUCGCCUUUAAAAGUAGAUGAUCUAUUAACGUCCAUCAAUUCAUCAAAUGAUCACCGAGAAGAUGGUGAUACUGAAAUGGAUGGAUAGUGGUCGAUAGUCCAAAGAUUUCUUUAUUGCAACGAAGGGGAGAUCUUGCGGAGACCGGGGCAGCAUUCUGUUAACCAUGUCGAGAAAUACUAUUUCCAUAUUUGUAUCUGUAGGAACUCAUGGUAUUCAACCCCUCGGUUCAUGUUCAGAAGUCAGUGCAUCUCUCGCUGGCCAAUCACUCCGACUCCUUUUCGAGGUAAAAUUCUUGACAUUACGAUUUUCAUCAGAUUUAAUAUAUAAUAUUGUACGUUAUGAGAAAUGUGAAACGAUCCAGUUUUUAUGCUUAACCUAAAUAGAGUUUAAUGUUUAAAUCACCUAUUUUCUA